AUGAACAAUUCGCUGUCCUCCGGCCCCAGCUUGAAGUCCAAGAAAACUCUCAAGAGCCCUAAUAAAGCCCAUAUACCUCAACAUCAAGACUACUCACAACACCCACACCAAACUCAGCAGCAGUCCUCCAAAUUGCGCCGUGGCCCUUGGUCGCCAGAGGAAGACAAACACCUACUUGACUUGGUGUCUCUGUUCGGUGGAGAGAAAAACCUCAAUUGGGUCAAAAUAUCCCAAAUGUUGGAAACACGAUCCGCCAAGCAGGCCCGUGAAAGGUACCACCAAAACUUAAAACCCUCUUUGAAUAGAACACCAAUAACACCUGAAGAAGGUCUGUUGAUUGAGGAGUUGGUGGAUAGGUAUGGGAAGCGCUGGGCAGAAAUAGCCCGCCACUUGAACGGCAGAAGUGAUAAUGCCAUUAAGAACUGGUGGAACGGUGGGGCUAGUAGACGC